AUGGACUUCAUAUUCCAGAAGAUUAGGAAGUUAGAAGCAACAGCUGUGAGCAGUGGAUUUUCCCUCCUUCAGCUUGCCAACCAUACUGGCUACGUCAAGGUUGACUGGCAGUCAGUAGAGAAGGAUAUGAAGAAAGCCAUGUUACAACUGAAAAUAGCCUUCCCAUGUAUUUCUGAUCUCCAGAGGGAUGGACCUCUUCUGUUUUGUAUCUACACUCUUAACUACAUCCAGCUUAUGGCUUUAAAUAUCAUCUACAUUCUUGGCUAUCCCAAAUUUUGUGAAGAUGACUUAGCUGAGAAGAGGAGGAGCAAUGAGUUGCUACGGGGUGCAAUCGAGACCUACCUGGAGGCAGCCAGCUUACCCAACGUCCCUGCAGACCUGGUGAAGCUGAGUUUGAAGCGGCGGUCAGACAGACAACAAUUUCUAGGUCACAUGAGAGGUUCCCUGUUGACCUUACAGAGAUUAGUUCAACUAUUCCCCAAUGAUACUUCCUUAAAGAAUGAUCUUGGAGUGGGAUACCUCUUGAUUGGAGAUAAUGACAAUGCCAAGAAAGUUUAUGAAGAGGUUCUGACUGUCACACCGGAUGAUGGCUUCGCUAAAGUGCAUUAUGGCUUUAUCUUGAAGGCACAGAACAAGAUUGCAGAGAGCAUUCCCUUCUUAAAGGAAGGGAUAGAAUCUGGUGAUCCUGGCACUGAUGAUGGCCGAUUUUAUUUUCACCUUGGGGAUGCCAUGCAGAGGGUUGGCAACAAAGAGGCACAUAAGUGGUACGAGCUUGGGUACAAGAGAGGACAUUUCGCAUCUGUUUGGCAGCGAUCCCUCUACAAUGUGAAAGGACUGAAAGCCCAGCCUUGGUGGACUGCAAAGGAAACAGGCUACACAGAAUUGGUGAAGUCCUUAGAGAGUAACUGGAAGUUAAUUCGUGAUGAAGGCAUUGCAGUGAUGGACAAAGCUAGAGGCCUCUUUCUGCCUGAGGAUGAAAACCUGCGGGAGAAGGGCGAUUGGAGCCAGUUCACACUCUGGCAGCAAGGAAGAAAAAAUGAAAAUGCUUGUAAAGGAGUUCCUAAAACUUGUGCUCUUCUGGAAAAAUUCCCCGAGACAACAGGAUGCAAAAGAGGACAGAUCAAAUAUUCUGUCAUGCACCCAGGGACGCAUGUGUGGCCUCACACAGGGCCAACAAAUUGCAGACUCCGAAUGCACCUGGGCUUGGUGAUCCCCAAGGAAGGCUGCAAGAUCCGAUGUGCCAGAGAGACCAAGACAUGGGAAGAAGGCAAGGUGCUCAUUUUUGAUGACUCCUUUGAGCAUGAGGUGUGGCAGGAUGCCUCAUCUUUCCGGCUGAUCUUCAUUGUGGAUGUGUGGCACCCAGAACUGACACCCCAACAGAAGCAUAGUCUUCCUGCAAUUUAACCUGUUGUGCAGACCCAAGACUCAUUGCAAAGAAGCUGCCAUUCCAGUUCAAUCUUCCUGGGUGCAGGGAGAGCAGUUCAAACA